AUGACUUCCCUCAAGCAUGGAGUUAACCUGAGCCGAAGAGCGUGUAGGCAACACGUUAGCCUCCUGGCAAUUGCUACUCUUCUGGCUGGUGCGGCAGCGAAUCCUGUUGAAAGCACUACAAAAACGACUCCGUCCAUAACAGUCGAUGGGAUCUCUACAUAUCCAGGGCUCGGUUUCGGGCCAAUGGGUCCCGUGGCUCCUCUACCAGGGGAGCCACCAGGCACCCAGCUACGUCAUCAACAGGAAACCACCGUGGAAACCACGACCACCGCCAAGCCGAAGAAGGAGAGAACAUUUGUGAUAGCGGCUGUGGAAUUCCAUAGGGUUGAGACCCCAUUUCUAAUCGGUCUAUGGAUAUUCUUCGCCAGUAUCGCUAAAAUAGGUUUUCAUAUGGCACCAAAGUUGUCUAAAAUGUUUCCGGAGUCGUGUUUACUUAUCUUCGUUGGAGUUUUAAUUGGCGCUCUCCUUUUGAGCACUCACAGCGUCCACGUGCAGCCACUAACACCUGACACUUUUUUUCUCUACAUGUUACCGCCGAUUAUUUUAGACGCUGGUUAUUUUAUGCCUAAUAGAUUAUUUUUCGACCAUCUUGGAACUAUUCUGCUAUUUGCUGUAGUCGGCACUGUAUUCAAUACCUUAACAAUAGGUGCGUCUUUAUGGGCUUGUGGUCAAACUGGAAUGUUUGGAUGCUCGACGCCAUUGUUAGACAUGUUGCUGUUUGGGGCAUUAAUUUCUGCGGUAGACCCAGUCGCUGUACUAGCGGUCUUUGAGGAAAUACAUGUAAAUGAAGUUCUUUACAUUGUCGUCUUCGGAGAAUCAUUACUCAAUGACGCCGUUACAGUUGUCUUGUACCAUAUGUUUGAAGCAUACACAGAAAUGGGUCCAUCUCGGUUGAUGUAUACAGAUUUUCUGGCUGGUUUCGCUUCUUUCCUUGUAGUAGCAGUUGGAGGUACAUGCAUCGGUGGCCUAUGGGGCUUUGCUACUGGUCUUGUGACUCGCUUUACUCACGAAGUUAGAGUUAUUGAGCCAAUAUUUAUAUUCGUUAUGGCAUAUUUGGCAUAUCUAAAUGCGGAGAUGUUUCACAUGAGCGGAAUUUUAGCAAUAACAUUUUGCGGAAUAACAAUGAAAAACUACGUGGAAGCUAACAUAUCGCACAAAUCGCACACCACCAUCAAAUACACUAUGAAAAUGUUGUCUUCUUCGUCUGAGACUAUUAUAUUCAUGUUUCUCGGUGUCGCUACCGUCAACAACAACCAUGUCUGGAACACAUGGUUCGUCUUGUUGACCAUCGUCUUUUGCUCAGUCUUUCGAAUAAUAGGAGUGUACAUAUUUAGUGCAUUUGCUAAUAAAUUUCGCCUGCACAAAUUAAACACAGUUGAAAAAUUUGUCAUGUCCUACGGAGGUCUUCGAGGCGCGGUCGCAUUUGCAUUAGUGCUAUUAAUAGAUCCAGAAGUAGUGAAACUUCAGCCAAUGUUUGUUACAACUACGAUUGCGGUCAUAUAUUUUACGGUGUUCAUUCAAGGAAUAACCAUAAAACCACUUGUAAAAAUAUUAAAUGUUAAAACGGUAGAAAAAAGAAAACCAACAAUGAAUGAGCGAAUACAUGAGAGGUUUAUGGAUCACUUGAUGGCAGGUAUAGAAGAUAUUUUAGGAAGGCAUGGAAACCAUCACAUGCGUGAUAAAUUCAAAAGAUUUGACAAUCGAUUUAUAAGACCAUUCUUGCUAAGGAACUAUCAGGGAGCUGAGCCGAAAAUUCUCGAAACAUAUUCCAAGCUCGCUAUGAGAGAUGCUAUAGAGUAUAUGCAGAGGAAUGCCUCGACAAUUGGUAAUAUCUCCGGCGCUGAGUCAAUGUCAGCUAUCUUUAAAAAUUAUACCAACGCUAACAUUAAUGGAAGUCCUAGUUUUAGUCAAUUGGACUCGUCAACUUGGAAUAUUGACAUGCAGGAAUUGGAGUACAAUCCGUCCAAAAAGGAUCUUACAGACGCUAGAAUUCAUCAUCUUCUUGCUGAAGAGCUAUGCAAGCCAUACCGACGCCACCGUCGUUUGAGUUACAGUCGACACGCCGUAAAUGAUCGUGAUUUGGGCACACAGGUGAACUACAAAACACAUAUGAAUAUACGUCGACUCGUUGGCGAUCGAAAGCAUCAUCAUAAGCGCAGUAAGAGAGGCAAACAGGAUGGAAAAAAUCACGUAACUUUUCCCGAAUUCCAGCAAAACGGUUCGGCCAAACAGUUCACGCACGACUACAUAGAUGAGGUUCUGCAGGAGGAUGAAGAGCAACCCCGUCGAGAUGCCGACGAUGGCGGUAUUACUUUCACUGCAAAAUCCCCGCUUCCCAAUGAGGAUAUACUUGAAGAGGACGAGAGACGAAUGUCGGAUGACAAUGUGUAUAUGACGGUAGCGGAGCAAGCACGCGUCGCAACUCCGACUGCGACCGAGACGAUGUUACCAUGGAAACGGGAGGAAGCUGAAGGGACAACUGCUCUCAAGCAAUCCGAGUUCCCCUCCUGGGCUUCGAAUAAGGAAUAUUUAGCAUAUAGCUCACCCUCAGCUACUUUUCUAGGUGGUAUAGAGAAGCCAAAACAUCCAAAAUCUAUAAUAGGUCUUUUCCGAAGAGAGAGUUCUAGUUCAACGCAAGCAGCAGAACUACCGGUCGUGUCUGACUCUGAAGGAAAGGCUGAUUCUAGUAAAGGCGAGAGUUCUUCUAUGAAAGGAGAAUCAUUGUAUGCACAGCCUAAGCAAGGACCAAGUUUGUUAUCCAAGAGGAGUACCAGUCUAGGUGGACCGUCUGUUCUCUUGAUGGAAGAUGUAGCCCACUCAGAUCCUCUCGGUGCAUCCUCAAGACCAGCCAGUAUUAUGCAGGGUCCUCACCGAGGACAAUGCAGACGAGGGUCAAUGUUGGAACUGACUGGGUCAUUGUCUCGUGACGCUAUAACAGAGGAAAAAUGUAGUAAAUCACUGCCCGAAAGUGAACGAAUGGGUGUGAGGAGACUAGCUCUGGGUCAGCAGAGUUUGCCCAGGGAGCCCUUUAGUCGCCAACUCACCAUGGCUUCAAACCUCCUUACAAGCUCGUCAUCCGAUGAUUCGUCGGACGAAAACACCUGAGUGCCCCGCCGUGGUGACCAAGAUAGGUUGCCACUGCUAAAAUACAGAACACUAGAGUAGGUGCUGAAUCUCAAGAAUUGUUUCAUAUUUUUGUAUGUAAUGGAAUUUUGGUGAACAGUCAAAGACCUAGGAUAUGAACUGAGAUAAUGAAAGAUGACGCACAGUACUUUAAGGUUUUAUGUUUGAAAUGAUUAUUUAUUAUAUAUACACAUAUAUGUAUAUCUGUACCAUGCUGAUGUAAUCUUACAGUCAGGUAUAAAACAUAUUUCUAUAUUUAAUUUCAGUUUCAUGGACAGUGAUAAAUAACAUUUCUCCUCGGAAAGUGAAGUGUUAAAGUUAUAAAACAAGUGCAAACAGUAUUGAAACAUACUCAAUGGGUUUUGUUAGGUAUGGUUAGGUUCAAUCAAUAAAUUUAAAAAUAGAAAUACGCAUUGCUGGUAGCUAUUAAACUCUUCAGUAUUUUUCUAUGCUCUUUUAAUAAAUAUGAAAUUGUCAAA